GGCGACUCUGUGAACCCGCCAGUCGCCUCGAGCAAGGUUCAGUGUGUGGUCGGAUAGUGAAGUGAGUGGUAGUGGAAUUCGCUCUUUUAAGCGUGCGAGCUCUCAGAUCUGUUUUUUGAGCGAUCGUGAACUGGAAGUAGGGGUCCCAGAGGAUAACCGGGAAAAUGAGUAAACGGUGCGCACGGUGUGAGAAGACGGUGUACCCCCUGGAGGAACUGAAAUGCCUGGACAAGAUAUGGCACAAAGGGUGUUUCAAGUGCCAGGAGUGCGGCAUGACGCUCAGCAUGAAGACUUACAAAGGAUUCAAUAAGCUCCCUUACUGCGAAGCGCACAUCCCGAAAGCGAAGGCGACCACAGUGGCCGAGACGCCCGAGAUGCGGCGCCUGGCGGAAAACACCAAAAUCCAGUCCAAUGUGCAGUAUCACGCGGACUUCGAGAAGAACAAGGCCAAGUUCACGCAGGUGGCCGACGACCCGGAGACGCAGCGGCUGAAGAAGAACACAAAGAUCAUCAGCAACGUGGCUUACCAUGGCGAGCUGGAGCGGAAGGCGGAGAUGGAGCGGAAGCGCUCGGAACCCGGCGAGGAGGACGAAGAAUACCCACCCUGGCUUGAGGUUCCAGGAAGAGAUGUUCUCACAGCCACAACCCCUAUCCACCCACCCACACAUUCAGACGAUGACCUCCAUGGCCAUGAGUUGACCCGAGACCCAACACCCCAAUCUCAGCCACCCCACUCCUAUGACUACUCUUCCUCCUCUUCCUCUUCCUCACGAACACAGCCACCUCCACCAGCCUAUCAUCACUCUCAGUCCCCACCCAACUACCAGACUCCAGCUGCUAAAAACAGUUUUCCAGCUGCUCCUUAUCAUGCACAGUCAAGCAGUCACUAUCCUACACCUGCCUAUGAUAGUGGUCCUCAUUCCCAACAUGGCUACCAUUCUUCCUCUGGUCCUAGGUCACACAAUGCCAACACCUACCACCCUUCAGAAUUAAUUGAGCAGAGUGGGUACUACCUUCCAAACCACAUGGAUGGACAGAAUGCCUCUAUUAACCGCUAUUCUGACCAACCCACCAAUGGUUCAAGUGGGGCAUAUCCUAGCACUAACAGACAUGGUGCUUCACACACAUAUUACCCAACUAACAGCCACUAUGCAACUGGAGCCCCCCCACCACGUGAGCGGCCGCAGGAACAGCAGCAGCAGCAACAACUCCAACAGCAGCACCAACACCAGCAGCAGCAACAGCAACAGCAGCAGCAUCAUCAUCACCACCAACAGAUGCAGAAGCAUCACCAGCAACAACAACAACAACAACAACAACAACAACAACAACAACAACAACAGCAGCAACAACAACAACUACACCAUCACCACCAGCAGCAGUCUUAUGGCCCUUCCCACCAGCAGUAUGGAGGAGCUUCCCUUUCCUCACAACACCGCCACCCUCCCCAGUCCUCCUCCACAUCAUUCCUCCAUCACCAUCACCAACAGCCACACCACCCACAACAUCAUCAUCAGUCACAACAACAGCAGCAGCCACAGCAAAAGCAGCAGAUCCAAACGUCAUCCUAUCACCAUCACCCAGCCCCACAAAACAUGUAUCAUGAUGCCAACCACAACUCCCCAUACUCUGCCCGAACGUCCCAGACCCUCAUCUACUCCAGUCAAACUGGACCAGUGCAACAGCAGCCUAACCGUCGUGUUGGUAGCAUAGCUGACUACGACCCAGUGAAUGAGCAGUAUGGUUCAAUUAGCCAGCACACAGGUUCUGGUGGCUAUCGACAGGAAACAUCAUAUCAGGUGCAGCGCAGCAACUUAUAUGGUGACCCAACUACAGGCCAGCAGCCCCCACCACAGCACUUGAAUUCUAAUGCAGCACCCCACCAUAAGGUCACUGCUCCUCCUACACAGCUGGGGCGAUGUUAUCGUGCCAUGUAUGACUAUGAGGCAGCAGAUACGGAUGAAGUCAGCUUCAAGGAUGGAGACCUGAUCAUCAACUGUACAGCCAUCGAUGAAGGAUGGAUGACAGGCACAAUCCAGCGCACGGGAGUCACGGGCAUGUUGCCAGCCAACUAUGUAGAGAGAGUCAGCUGAAGUGUUUUCUCAUGGUACCAGUACACGGGGGAUCCUUGUGAACUUUUUAUUAUAUAUAUAUAUAUUUUUUUUU